AGUGGCGGCCGGAAGCGGGGCGCUGGGCGCCGCCAUGGCGACGGCGGCUGUGGAGAGCGCCCUGCGGGAGGCCCUGGGGGGGCCCGCACCCGGGGCGGCGGCGCUGGGAGCGCUGCGGGACGCGCUGGCGGCGGCGGGGGGGGGCGAGGCCGCCCUGGGGCCGCGCGAGCGGGAGCGGCUCGGGGCCGUGCUGCGCUGCCUGGCGGCCGCCGCGCUGACGGGACCCGAGGAGCCGGCGGGGCCCUGGCGGGGCUGCUUCGAGGAGGCGCCGCCCGGGCUCGCGCUCAGCGCCCUGCUCGCGGCCCUCAGCGAGCCCCGGGGGGCGGCCCCACGGGCCGGCGCCGGGCUGCGGGCGCUGCUGGAGGAGCUGGAGAGCCUGGUGCGGGGCCGGCUCCCGGCCGUGCUGGGCGAGCUGUGCCGGCAGCGGGGCGAGGCGGAGCCGGGGGCCGGCCUGCUGGGAGCCGUCGUGGCGCUGCCCGAGCGCCUCAGCAACGCGCUGCAGGGCGGGCACCACCCCAGCGUCUUCCUCCCGCAGAAUUACUUCCCGCUGCUGGCCGCUGCCAUCGUCGAGGCGCUGCACGAGGUCGCCGCUGCCCUGAGAGGUGGCUCGGAUUGCUCAAUAUCUGCUCUUUCUCAUGUUCUGGGGAAGGUCUGCAUUCGUGGGAGACAAAAAGAAAUUCUGAGUGUUUUGGUGCCCCGCCUCGCGGAGCUCACCAAGUCGGACUGCAUCUGGCAAAGGAUUUCUUGGCACCUGGUUGAGUGUGUGCCAGACCGCUGCAUGGAGGCCGUAACUCCAGGGCUUCCUAACGUUUUGCUGUUGACUUGUCUUGCCAGGGCAGAUGUCUUGUCUAGGCUGCUGGGGAACCUGGUUGUGAAAAACAAGCACGCUCAGUUUGUUGUGACGCAGAAGUUCCUCCUCUUGCAGUACGGCUACACGACUGCAGUGCUACAGAAUCUCCUUGGCUACCUGUCCCUGGACAGCCUUCGGCGUGCCUUAUUGAUCAAAGUGCUGCAAGAACUCUUGGAGACGUGGAGCAGUAGCAGUGCUGUGAAACACUCCCCACCUGAGCAGCAGGAAUAUAUUAGCAAGGCCAUCCUCAUCUGCCUCUCGCAUCUGAAGGAUUCUGAAAUAGAGAGCUGCCGACAAGAGCUUCUUACAAGCAUGAUGGAGGGCGUGAAAUGUCACUUGGAGAGCAGCCUGCCACAGAUCCGGCGCCUGGGAAUGAUUGUGGCAGAGAGCAUUAGUUCAAAAAUAAACACCGAUGGGCCUGUCCUGAAGUUUCAGUACGAAGAAGAUGAUGAAUCAAGAGAACUGAAGUCCCUUCUGGUGCAGGCUCCGUCGUUCUGUGUCCCAAGUGUCCCAGACGACAGUAGGAAGGAGAAAGCAGAUGCUGCACUGCCAUCAGCAUCGGAAAGUAACGCAAAAUCCCAUACAGCGGCAGCCCAUGUGGUGUCAGAUGAGGAGUCGGAUACUGAGCUUGACAGUGAUGAUGAUCUUACUCCUUAUGACAUGUCAGAGGACAAAGAACUAAAGACUAAGGCUCCAGUGUAUAUUCGAGACUGUAUUGAAGUCCUGACAGGAUCUGAAGACGUGGACAAAUGGGAAGCUACAGUCAAGGCUCUUGAGAGCUUGGUUCGGAAGAAUCCAGCAGCAACAAGAGAGGUUAGUGUGGAGUUGGCAAAAAUACUACUGCAUCUGGAGGAGAAGACCUGCAUUGAAGGCUUUGCAGAGCUCCGUCAGAGGGCCCAAGUAGCUGUUCUAACCGUGGAUCCAAUACCUGUAGCACAGUACUUGACCUCCCAGUUCUACUCCCUGAACUACAGUCUGCGUCAGCGCAUGGAUAUUCUUGAUGUAUUGGUUUUGGCAGCUCGGGAACUGUCCUGUCCCAAAGUGCAUGGGAAGACCAAGCAUGUCGAGAAGCCUUGUGUCCAGCUCCUUCCUGCAAGUGACAGCUCUAAGGACUGGAGAAGAAUUGUCGAUGAGAGGAUCAAAAGCAAGACUAGGAGGUUUGCUAAGGGCCCAUCUCAAGUGCAAGUGGCUUCUGGCCCAAAUGAAUUCAAUUCUGUUGCUGGGCACUUCUUUUUUCCAUUGCUCCAGAACUUUGACAGGCCUUUAUCAACUUUUGAUCUCCUGGGGGAAGAUCACUUUGUCCUUGGAAGACUGGUCCACACAUUAGCAGUCCUGCUGUACCUGGCUGUCAACACUAUGGCAGUUACUGCGAUGGGAAAGGCACUGAUGGAGUUUGUUUGGGCUCUGCGUUUCCACACUGACUCGUAUGUGCGUCAGGGUCUUUUAUCCUGUAUAUCUUCUAUGCUGGUCAGUGUCCCUGCGGAGUAUCUUCUGAACAACAUGACAGAAGAGCUUUUGGAGACUCAGUCCUGGCUGGGAGAUGUGGUAGAAAAAGAUCCAGAUGGGGACUGCAGGAGGCUGGCCUUGCAGAACUUGCUACUAAUGGAGAACCUGAAAAAGAAACUCAACAAAAUUGUCCCUUCCUAGCUGAAGGGUAACAGAAAUGACUUUACCUCGUACUCUUGCCAGCUGGAUGUAUGUAGGCACUGCUGGGGCCUCUUCAAUGGUCACCUGGCUGGAGAAGAGGAAGAAGGGGGAAGGGUGCAGAGCUGUACGCCAGCGAACCUGACUUGACAUCUGGACUUUGUAGUGGAGGCCAAUUUAGUGAGCUACUGCUAUCCGGUACGGAGUGUACAGAUGCAGGAAGGUAGGCUAGCACUGCCAUCCUCUCCACACCUCCCCCAGCCCCCACCCCCAGCUAUUUAUAACCUUGGCAAGUUUGAGUCCUCUGCUAAAAAUACAGGGAAGAGCUCAUAGCUGACUUCUUGUCAGAAAAACAGGGCUGGAAACAGCCACUUACCUCCCAGGGCUGUGACAUACCUAUAAAAAAAAAAACAAACUCCCAUGUCUUCUGGCAGCAUUUGGUGGAAUAGUUAAAGGUCUGCUGUUUGAAGCACAGGGUAGUGUGGUGGCAGCAAUGACACUGCAGCAGCUGAGCUAUAAGCGUGGAAUAGCUGCAGUGAAGUUUGAAAAAAUGUGCCAAAUGUUAAAAGUUUGAGUUAGAGCUGUACUGGAGUUACAAAGCCAGAAUUCUUUUGCUGUAAUAUUAGUACAGAAAGAAGGUGGUACUAAAGUGUAACUAAGGCCCAGAUUUUGAUCUCAAAAGGUCUAGUCUGCAUGGCCCUAUAUUUUUAAUAAAGCUUUGGAGUGGGGAAGUCUCCCUCUCUUCUGCAGUAUGGGAGUAGUUUGACUUUUGACCAAGCUCCUAGCCAAGCAGGCCAGAGAUUCUGCCUUCUAAGGAAAGAUAAAUAUGUUAGCACCUCAGCAGACCAAAGCUGUACUUGAAAAUUGUCAGCUCAGGAAUUCUUACCUCCGCUCUUUUCUGGACUUGAACAAGACUGAAGUUACAAUACACAUCUCUCUCUCUCUUUUUUUCCCUUCAAAUUUAUUAAAAUACUAAAACUAGAUUAAGAACAGGGUCUAUAUACCCAGCUCUUUGUAUGUAGUGUUUGAAAUGAUACAUAAUUUCAGUAAUGUUGCUUGUACAGUCAAGCAGAAAAAAAUAAAUUUCUUGGUAAUAACCAAAAA